UCCGAUUGCUAAGGGCUGACCAUCGCAUUGGCCAAGGAACUUCAGGACCGGUCACGGCCUACACGGACCGUCACGGCUCUGCGCGGCGCGGCACAACGCCCUCACACAUCAACACCGGCCCCGGGCUGCAGCUCGAGCCGACCGUGCCGGGCCAACAGUGAAAGGCGCCGCUUCCGACGCCGGAAAUCGGGGCGACGACAAGUGGUGCUUCCUGAGCUGCCGACCGCCGAAAACAGCGCGCCCUGGCCACUUCCGGCGGUUUACCGGCCACGUCCGGCGCGGCCGAUUGCUGAGGUGUGAUUCGUGCUAGGUUUCUGUGCCGCGGCGCCUUCUGCGAUCGUUCAUCGCCUUCGAGAUGUUGAAGUGGCUGACGCAGUAUGCCAAUGGCAAGGUCGGCUACAAGGCACGGAAGCAGAAGUAUGAUGUGCAUGGCAGACCAGACCCGUCUCCAGAAAAGGCGCUUUGGAUCGGUGGCGUCGACACGGAUCAUCUGGAAGAAAAGGCUCAUAACGGUCCACGAAAACAUGUUGUCAAAAUUGACGCCAGAAUAGAUGAAGUGUCAUCACGACCACGUCACGUCAAUUCACGGCGCCAUCCACCAGAUAAGCCAUCUGUCGUCACCCAGCCCCGUAGCGUCUCGGACGAUCGGUAUUUCCACGAUCAGGCCAGCCCACCGCGCCGUCCCGAGCACAGCGAUCGGCAGCGACCACGGCACGCUGCGACAUCCCCUCUUAGAGACUACGCCACUGUGCCCGGUCAUGACCGUCGCUGUCGCGGCGGCAAAACCACCCACCGAGGUACUGUGUCUGGUGUUCGGAACACACCCGGCGCCGCAGAGGCGUCCUCCGUCACCCCAGCUGCAGCCGUCAUUCCUGAUCACUCCAGCCUCUGGCCUGGGCAGCGCCGGCAUCUGGUCGUCGAAUACACCUCUGAUGACUCUCCAGACCGUCAGAGUGCCGACCCGCGGCCACGGCGGCUCUCGCCUUCGGCAGAGUCCAGGGUUAUGGCGUUUGCGGGCGGGAUCGCCGACGAUGAGUUCUUCAUCAUCUGUCCACCGAGUGUGAGGACGACUGAGCGACGGAAACGCGAAGAGGAGCGGAGUAGAGAUGGCGUUCAUGACAGAGACGAGAAACCAGACAGGGAAGAUGUGGCGGAAGGGGAGGCAAUACCAGACAAGGAUAGUUCACCCGAUCGAAACCGAGCCUGGAGCAGCACUCUACUGGAGAGGCUCAGGAGGCGACACGGGGGCCGCCCUGGUCGAACGCGUGACCUGCCAGAGCUGCCUGCGGCGGAGACAGCACCUGCAAGCUGCAUAGAGACGCCGAGAGCCCCGACUGACACCACAGAUAUUCUUAGAUCGCGCCUGGAACAGCAUCUCGCACGAUCGAGAGCGAGCCCGCCUCCGGCGCCUCCCAGACAUGACCGUGGAGAUAACGCUUUCAAGAACAAAACCGACAGCUUUGACGAUGACAACAGACCAUCAACUCCGAACAAUGACUGCGAACCAAAGAGUAUCAUCCUGGAGGACAGCGGAGUGACACGAAUCAGUGUCACACCAGCCGGCCGAAGUCGCAGUGAGGAAGGCGGCGCGGCGGCCCCGGAGCGACCCGUUCGCUACCUGAGCGCUUCCCUCCCCCGGCCUCGACCGACGACAGCCUCCCGCCCGAGCACCGACCACCGCUGGGUUCUGACACUGCCGGUUCGGUCACGAGCCUCCCCGCCACCGGAGGAGUCACGCAGCGCCAGCGAGGGCCGGAAAAGUGAGAGUGCAUGUCGUGACGAGCCGGCCGAGGGGUACAACGGGGACACGGCUGAUUACGUGAACGACGCGGGUGGAGUGACUCACGCUAGUGAUAAGAUUCAUGUUCGCUUUGUGAACCGAGUGACCCGAGAAGCGAUGAGAUCCAGAAGCUGGAGCGUUGGACGCCCGGGACAACAUGUGGCAAAUGACCCCAGGUCAGCAAAUGACACAGAGUUCAGGUCUGGUCGCGAGCCGGGCUCGAGGGUCAGGAUGGGUCUGCCUGUCGGUGUCGGGCCACCAUCGACCAAAAUCGGAAGUCACGUGAUCACAAACGGCUCGCUACCUCGAAUGACAAGACAAAGCCGGACCGGCGAGACUGCUCGUGAGCCGGUGCGGACAAUGGCUGCGGCCCGAUCAGAAGCGCUACCGGCCGCCGCCGCCGCUCACGAGCCGGCCGGUGGGGGCGAGACAGCCCGCGCACCGCGGCAAGGCAGUGCGCCGCAGCGCAGCUCCAGCUUCCGCCUUACCGCUCCCGACGAACCGACUGCCAAACGGGUCACGGUGGUACCGCGCCGGUCCCUCAGCGAGCCCCGCGGCCCCCUCGGACCCGAGACCAGUGUCGAUGACGACGAGGACGCUCCGUCGUCGGCGAGCUACGCGCACAUCGCGACCCUGCCGCGCACUGGGCGCCGUCGCCCGCGGCAGACGGUCGCCGCCACCCAGACCUCGCCCCGAGGCUCACCGGAGCCGCGAGACUCAAAACACGCUCUCGGCGAGACUCAGUCCCGUGGGGCAAAGGACUCUCGUGAUGUAAAAGAGUCACAUGAGUCUCAGGAGUCACGCUGCUCGCGUGAGCCCCGCUCAUUGAGCGAGCGACGUCCUGCCGGUGACUUGGUGGAGUCGAUUGACUCGUGUGGGAUGUCGGGAGGGUUGACUCGACCACGGUCAUCCUCCGCGGACUCCGCACAGCUCGGGAGGAUCUGCCAGCAGGCGCUCUCCAGUCUACAGCACGUAACUCUGUGGUCAGACGGCCUCACCGCCGCCACACCAGCCUCACUCACAAACCAGGUCAGUCCUCUCUCACUGAGAGAAUACGGUACUGAUUAAUGUCUGCGCAUGAACCUAACUAAUGCAUGUAUCGUACAAUACGCGUUAAUCUAUGCCUGACAUAUAAACCAAGUGU